AUGGCUCGCAUCCAGAUCCCCAUCGACGCCCUGACGUCUCGCCUGAACCUCCAGGACCGCUUCAACUCGAUGCGCUCCGGCGGCUUGAGUGCCCGCUUCGCCAACCUGCGUCCCGUCGGCGAGUUCUUCGACGUGAAGCGCAUCUCCAAGCCCGCCAACUUUGGCGAGGUCCAGUCGCGAUGGAACUACAACCUCUCCUACUUCUCCAGCAACUACACCGUCGUCUUCCUGAUGCUGAGCAUCUACGCCCUGCUCACCAACUGGCUGCUGCUGUUCGACAUCAUCUUCGUCGUCGCCGGCAUGUUCCUCAUCGGCAGGCUCGACGGCCGUGACCUCGAGAUCGGUAACUUCCGCGCUACUACUUCGCAGCUGUGGACCGGUCUCCUCGUCAUCUCUAUUCCCUUGGGCCUGUUCGCGUCUCCCUUCUCGACGCUGCUCUGGCUCAUCGGUGCUUCUGGCGUGGUCAUCCUCGGCCACGCCGCUUUUAUGGACAAGCCUAUCGACGAGGCUUUUUCCGGGGAGGCGAGAGUCGAGGAGCUAGAAACAGAAGAGGACGACUCGGAUAUACAAGGCGUUGGUUUGGUUUCGAGGGGAAAGCGGAUUGCCAGCGACUCGCUUCGUUUCACGGGUACAGACUUGGGUGACAGGGCGGGUGCUUCACGCAGAGGCUACGAGUAUCGAUCGGAAGACGAUGACGAAGACGACAGCAGCGAAGACGACAGCGAAGAGGAGGAGAACGACAACUCCUCAGGAGACGAACUUGAUAUUGACUGGGAUAAUUUGUCGCCCAUGGAAAGAGAAGAAGCUCUGGUGCAGACAGCAUUGGCUCGUAUCCGCCGCGCCCAGGAAAACGGCAGAACGGAUGUCAAGCUCAACAAGGAGGAGAUGGCGGCUCUUGACCGACACAAGAAGCGCAUGGAGAAGGAGGCACGCAAGCAAGAGCGCAGACGACGCAAGGAGAGGGACCAAAGAGUCUCCAUCCCGCUGGCGCAGUUCGGGGCGCCCAUGAGGAGACCGACCCUACCAUCCGAGGACGACCUGCCACGCCACCCGUCUCCAGGCACAUUCGCCGAGACCCAGGCCAGAGACACGAUGCCCGCAGUGGGCUACUUCCCGCCACCGAGCGGUUCUCGCCCGCGCCAACGCUCGGGGACGUCUUCAUCCCAACGACCGCCCUCCCAAGCGCUGCGCGAAAGAGGCUCUUCGCCUUUCCAGUACGCCUACGUCGGGGCGCGCCACACCUCGGAUCCGAAACCAUCGUCAUCUCGGGGACCUACCGACGACGGAUGGUCGCCGUCCUCCUCCACAUCUUCCAUGUCCAGAUCAAGAGCCGGCGUCGACCCCUUCCAAUUCCAGACGGAAGGUCCUCGCGCCCAGUCCGCCGCUGCGGCCCGACGUAAGGUGUCGGGCUCAACGGACGGGCGACGCACUCCUGUCGUUCCUCCGACGGCUCGGGUGACCAGGUCACGUGCGCCCCCGCCAGAAGAGGAGGAGGAGUCCAGCGAAGACAGCAGCAGCGAGGAGAGCACCGAGGAGAGCACUAGCGACGGCACCGGGAACGGCGCGCAGAUUCAGCCGCAGCCGGCGCCGGCUCCGGCACGGCAAACCAGACGCGGCAGGAAAGAAGCCAUCGUGGUCGAAGAGACCCGCGAGCCCGCGCGUGAAACGUCGCGGGGCAAGAAGUCAUCUAAUCCGUCGCCGUCCAAGAGGAAACCCGUCGGGGGCCGGAAAAAGAAGAAGUGA